AACAGAACCAGCGGAAGUGGAAGUACGAAGCGUUUCCUGGUUCAGGCGGACUUCUUCUCGGCCUGUGUCUGCAGAGACAUGAGCGCUCCACAGUUCAACAGCGUGCUGCUGGACAUUUCCAACCAGCUGAGCGUGAAGCAGCUGGAGGACAUGAAGUUUCUGUGCAACGAGUUUAUCGGGAAAAGAGCGAUGGAGAAGAUCUCCAGCGGGACACAACUGUUCCUGGCGCUGAGAGAGAUGGGCAAACUGGGAGCCGACAAGACGGAGUACCUGUCCCAGUUACUCAACAAGAUUAACCGAUGCGACCUCGCGAAUAAAUUGGACAACUUCGAAAGUCCGUCUGGAUCAGGCGACAACCAACCGGACGAGGCGGAGAGAGCCAAACUGGACGCUGCCACCGAUGUGAUCGCCGAUAACCUGGGGAAGAACUGGCGCAAGCUGGGCCGCAAGCUGCUUUUGAGCGAAGUCAGACUGGAGUCCGUCUCCACGAGGCACACUGAUCUGGAGGAGACGGCCAGGGAGCUGCUGAAGGAGUGGAGGAAGAGUCGGGGAGCCGAGGCCCGAGCGUCGAUGCUGGUCGACGCCCUGAGAGUCUGCCAGCUCAACCUGACGGCCGACAAAGUGGAGGACAAAAUUCAAACCCUCUGAUUGCCACGGGAGGUUUUACAGAUGAGACUGAAGUGAACUCUGGGAGUGAAAUGAGGGCUGUGAUUAACCUUCUCGAUUUAUUGAUCAAAAAUUACUUUUUGAUUUCCUGAAUGUCACAAAACAUGCUAUUAGAGUUAUGUUUUAUAUUUUGAUCAGAGUUUGAAAACAGAGAGCUGAAAUGAUGAACUUGACGUAUUAGUAAUUGUAAUGUGUCACCAAAUCAUCAUUAAACGUGAAGACUUCUGCAAGUGAUGGUGGUGGUGGACAGAAGGCUUGGCCGCAGCGUUUUGUAUGAAUUAGUCUUUGGAUGUUUUUUCCUGCUGAUACCAGAAUAGAGCGUGCUGCAGUAGUCGAGUCUGGAGGAGGAUAUAAAUGCAUGGAUUACCUGGUCCUGGUCAAAAUGUCCAAGUUGGACAAAGCAGGACUGCACCACUUUAGAGACCUGAGCAUGAGUCAACUGAGUUAGAACUAUCACCUAGGUUACGGACCUCUAGACACCCAGACUACACCAGAGUGUUAGUGCUGCUAGUGCUGGGGAGGUAAAGUGCUCAUUAUAAUCAACAAUUAUACUUUAUACAUUUAUAAUCUGUAAAACUUCAGGACAUUUUUGGACAUCAGUAUCUAUCAUCAAAAAUAAAUCAAUUGCGAGGAGUCUUUUUUGUUUUCUAAAAUCUUGCGUGCAAAUGGCAGUGCUUUUAAAAAGCAGGUGUGAGUGCAGACAGUUAUCUCACUGUAGCGAGCUAAAGGUGGGCAGGAAUCAAAAGUGGAGAUCUCCGACUGAUCUCCGCUAUUUUGUUGUUAAAGUAAUGAGGUAAAUUAUUCAGGCCUCUGGGGAGGAUUUGCUAAGCCGGGGCCUAAUAACAGGAGUUUAUGGUUUUAAAGAGGAUUCUGGGGAAUCAUGAGCCUGUUUCGGCGACAUCGAUUGCUUCAUUCAUUGUACACCUGUAAGUAGACACCAGACAGGUUGUAUCCAAAGCUACUUAUAAACACAAGGUAGGAUGACAAUACAGGGAUACUGACUUCAAUAUAAAAGGGCUGAACUUGGGUAGGGCAAUACCAAAGUCCGGUGAGUUUUAUUAGCGUCCAGUCACUGGACAUGUGAAUACCUACGAUGAGAUUUUUAGCUUUUGGGAAAUCCACUUGUUUUCUAUCUGACGGAGAGUCACUUUUGUUAAACUGAUGAAACAAACAAGCCACAACGUGUUCAUUAGUGAGCUUUAGAGGUGCUGGUAGGCACAGCCAGGUUAGCUAUUUGUGCUAAGCUAUGCUAAUCAGCUGUUGGCA